AUGGGAGAGAGAAAGUUUCUUGGAUUGGAAUCAAUUCGAGAAGCAAAUGAAGCUAUUGCUCGGGUUAGAGCAAGGAUGAUUGCAUCUCAAGAUCGACAGAAGACUUAUGCAGUUCCCAAGAUAAGGGUUAUAGAGUUUUUAGUUGGUAAUUACGUCUUCCUUAGAGUAUCACCAAUGAAGGGAGUUAGAAUAUUCAGAAAGAAAGAGAAGUUAAGACCCAGAAUUUUAGUCUUGCUUGAGAUUCUAGAAAGAAUUGGGCAAGUGACUUAUCGGUUAGCAUUGCCACCAGCACUGUCAGGAGUGCACAAUUUAUUUCACGUAUCUAUGUUUAGAAAAUAUGUGUUGCAAUUGUCUCAUGUGCUUGGCUAUGAGACCUUGAGCUUACAGGAAGAUCUUUCAUAUGAGGAAAAGUCAGUACAGAUAUUGGAUAAGAAGGACUAG